GAAGAGCAGGAGGUGAAAAGAGGAAGGAAGCCCGCGGCGCUGUGCGGCAGCAGGCUGAACCCCGCGCCGGUGACCGGACGUGAACUUUUAACGCGUCGCCCUCAACUUUACCGGGUCUUUGAAAGGACAUGAAACCGGGCAGAGACGGCGGCCGCGUCGCUCGAGCGCGGCAAACAAGGAAGUGAGCGACGGACCGACUUCCAGGAGUUUUCUGCCGGCCAAGAAAAAUGACGUUCAGAUGUUGACUGAGGAGUUCCCUGUGUGGCCGGGACCCGUUUUCUCCCAGACCCCCUCCUACCGCCUGAAGCAGGCGGUCUCACGGCGGCAGUCCUGACCGUUCACCCCGCCGCACGUGGAGUCCACGCCCCCCUCUCCCACCUCACUCUUCUACCUCAGUGUUAUCAGCAGGCUCGCCACGGCCGCCGCAGCUCUCAAGUGUCGCUCGCUCAGCAGCGCGGAGCAACACGGUCCGUUCCCGUCGCGGUCGCACCGCAUUCUGAGAGGGGGCCUCGCCGCAGCAGCCAUGUUUCCUCUCCGCUUGUGAUGUCCGAGGCCCGCCGAGGACCGGGGCUGAGAACGGGCGACGCACGGGGGCCGAGCGGCAGGGACGUUCCUCGCUUUGUGAUUGGCUGCGACGAUGACGAGCGCGACAUGGGCCAGGCGGAGGCAGGCAUGAGGAACGAGAUGUUUCGAGAAGAGGAGAUGGAGGGCGACGAGGAUGAGUCGCCCGCCGAGCGACAGAUCGUCGUCGGCAUAUGCGCCAUGAUGAAAAAGUCCAAGUCCAAGCCCAUGACUGAGAUCUUGGAGCGCCUUUGCAAGUUCGACUACAUCGACGUGGUCAUCUUCCCCGAGGAGGUGAUCCUGGAGGAACCGGUGGAGAAAUGGCCUCUCUGCGACUGCCUCAUCUCCUUCCACUCCAAAGGUUUCCCUUUGGACAAAGCUGUGGAGUACGCCAAGCUCAGGAAUCCACUGCUCAUCAACGACCUCAACAUGCAGUAUUUCAUUCAGGACAGGAGGGAAGUGUAUCGGAUCCUGCAAGAAGAGGGCAUCGACCUACCUCGUUACGCCGUGUUGAACAGAGACCCGGAUAACCCUGAAGAGUGUAACCUGGUGGAGGGGGAGGACCAUGUGGAGGUGAACGGGGAGGUGUUUCCCAAGCCCUUCGUGGAGAAGCCAGUGUGCGCCGAGGACCACAACGUCUACAUCUACUACCCCACGUCUGCAGGCGGAGGCAGCCAGAGGCUCUUCAGGAAGAUCGGCAGCCGCAGCAGCGUGUACUCUCCAGAGAGCAGCGUGAGAAAGACGGGAUCCUACAUCUACGAGGAGUUCAUGCCGACAGACGGCACCGACGUGAAGGUUUACACAGUUGGACCGGACUACGCCCACGCUGAGGCCAGGAAGUCUCCCGCGCUGGACGGAAAGGUGGAGCGGGACAGCGAGGGGAAGGAGAUCCGGUAUCCCGUCAUGCUCACCGCCAUGGAGAAGCUGGUGGCCCGCAAGGUCUGCCUGGCCUUCAAGCAAACAGUGUGCGGGUUCGACCUGCUCAGAGCCAACGGCCACUCCUUCGUGUGCGACGUGAACGGCUUCAGCUUCGUGAAAAACUCCAUGAAAUACUACGACGACUGUGCCAAAGUGCUGGGGAACCUGGUAAUGAGGGAGUUGGCCCCUCAGUUCCACAUCCCCUGGUCCAUCCCCAUGGAGGCAGAAGACAUCCCCAUCGUCCCGACCACCUCAGGAACCAUGAUGGAGCUGCGCUGUGUUAUCGCCAUCAUCCGGCAUGGAGAUCGCACGCCUAAGCAAAAGAUGAAAAUGGAGGUCCGACACCCUCUAUUCUUUGAACUGUUUGAGAAGUGCGGCGGAUACAAGACGGGAAAGCUGAAGCUUAAAAAGCCGAAGCAGCUUCAGGAAGUGCUGGACAUCGCCCGCCUGCUGCUGAUCGAACUGGGCCAGCACAACGACUGCGAGAUCGAGGAGAAGAAGUCCAAACUGGAGCAGCUAAAGACCGUCCUGGAAAUGUAUGGUCAUUUCUCAGGUAUCAACAGGAAAGUGCAGCUGACCUACCUGCGUACCGGCCAGCCCAAAGCCUCCAGUGAAGAGGAAGACUCCAAGAAGGACGGUCCGUCUCUGCUGCUGGUGCUGAAGUGGGGCGGCGAGCUGACGCCGGCCGGCCGGGUUCAGGCCGAGGAGCUGGGCCGGGCCUUUCGCUGCAUGUACCCCGGAGGUCAAGGGGACUACGCCGGGUUUCCUGGCUGCGGCCUCCUGCGCCUCCACAGCACCUACCGCCACGACCUGAAGAUCUACGCCUCCGAUGAGGGCCGGGUGCAGAUGACGGCCGCCGCCUUUGCCAAGGGCCUGCUGGCUUUAGAAGGGGAGCUGACCCCCAUCCUGGUUCAGAUGGUGAAGAGUGCCAACAUGAACGGGCUUCUGGACAGCGACAGCGACUCUCUGACCGACUGCCAGCAGAGGGUGAAGGCCAGGCUGCAUGAGAUCAUGCAGAAGGAUCAGGAGUUCUUGCCGGACGAGUACGCAAAGUUGGCCCCGACAGGCAGCCCGUCUCUGGUGAACUCCAUGAAGGUCAUCGACAAUCCCGUCAAGACCUGCGACAAGGUGUACGCGCUCAUCCAGAGCCUCACCUCGCAGAUCCGAAGGAGGCUGGAGGACCCCAAGUCUGCAGGUAGCGCCAGUCUCCCAGGUCCAGGGAAAAUGAAGGCGUCCAUGCAAACUCCCAACGGCUUUUCUCAGUCUUCCCGAAGUGGCGUUCAACGUUUGUGGCGUCCCGCUUUUGCAGACCUGCAGCUCUACCACAGCGAGACCCUGGAGCUGAUGCUGCAGCGCUGGUCCAAGCUGGAGCGAGACUUCCGCAUGAAGAACGGGCGCUACGACAUCAGCAAGAUCCCCGACAUCUACGACUGCAUCAAGUACGACACGCAGCACAACGCCUCGCUGAGCCUGGAGGACACGCUGGAGCUGUUCCGGCUGUCCCGCGCCCUGGCCGACAUCAUCAUACCGCAGGAAUACGGCAUCACCAAAGCAGAGAAGCUGGACAUUGCUCAGGCGUACUGCGUUCCCCUGAUGAAGAAAAUCCAGCUGGACCUGCAGAGGACCCACGAGGACGAGGCCGUCAACAAGCUGCACCCGCUGUAUUCCCGAGGCGUGAUGUCUCCCGGCCGUCACGUCCGUACGCGUCUCUACUUCACGAGCGAGAGUCACGUUCACUCCCUGCUCAGCAUGUUCCGCUACGGAGGCCUGCUGGACGAGGAGACGGACCAGCAGUGGAAGCAGGCGAUGGACUACCUGAGCGCCGUCACCGAGCUUAACUACAUGACUCAGAUCGUCAUCAUGCUGUACGAGGACAACAACAAGGAUCCAUCCUCGGAGGAGCGUUUCCAUGUGGAGCUCCACUUCAGUCCCGGGGUCAAAGGCUGUGAGGAUGAGGAGAACGUGCCGCUUGGAUUCGGCUUCCGCCCCGCCUCCUCAGAGAAUGAAGACAAGAAGCCCAAUCAGGGCAGUCUGGAGGAUCUGUCCCAGGACGAGCCUGACCAAGCAAUUCCUAUUUCCGAGCCGAUCAACAUCCAGCGACGGUCUCCGAUGAUCCGCAACCGCAAGACGGGCUCCAUGGAGGUCCUCUCAGAGACCUCUCCCACCCAUUCCUCCAAAGGCUGCACGUCCCAUCGGCUCUUCCAGUCCGGCUCGCGCCAGUCUCCAGAGAUCAAACCAGCCAUUGGCCUAGGCUCGCUCUGCUCUGGCCUCUUCAGUGCCUCCGCCCUCGGGGUGUCCUGUAGCGCCCCCAACCUGCGGGACUACGUGCGCACGCACCACCACCACCACCACCGAAAGCCGCCGCUGUCCCCCGGCAGUCUGCCGUGCAAGAUUGGCAUGUUUGGGUUCGAGGGCUGCUCCAUGGUUCCCUCCAUCUACCCGCUGGAGACGCUGCACAACUCGCUGUCCCUGAAGCAGGUGGACGAGUUCCUCAACCGGGUGUGCGAGAGCAGCAGCGAGGCCCACGCCAAGACCAUGAAGGUUCUGUCGGGCCUGUUCGACUCCCAGAGCCAGACGUCUCUGUACAGUCCUCAGCAGCCGCUGUCCUCCUCUGGAUCCGAGACGUCCCUCAGACCGCUGGGCCAGCCUCUGUGGCAUGGCAGCAUCCCCUCCAGCGCCGUCUCCAGCGCCGGCCCCUCGUCGCCGGUCACUGACCCCCUCCGCCAUGAACUUCAGCUUCAGCGAGUAGCCGGGAAACCCAGCGACCCCGGGACGGGUCCGAGGGGGCCUCCGCCUCCUCCGUGUGCUGCUCUGAACACCGUGCUGACUGACUCCGACUGUCGAUUCACUACUGGAGCUGUGCGUUGACUCCUGCCGGCGCCGAGCGAGGAGCCAGCACCGAGACCGCCGCCGUGCCUUCAGAGCCAGCGUCACGCUGGCCGUGAAGAGGCAGCGAGCGCUGCUGCUGCUGUCCUGACCUCUCCCUUUGUCUUCUGGUUCUUCCCGGUUGAUAAAAUCUUUCAGCAGCAGCUUCCUGAAAUGGAUCAUUUGCGCUGCGUUUCACGUCCCAGCGCGACUGCAGGAACAAUCGAAGCUUUACUUCUUCCUAAAAGGCGAGAUGGGAAGAUCGACGCCACGACAACACAGGUCAUUCUGACCCCGCUUUCAGUUCAGGUGGAAACGCUAAACUCGGGGGCCGUUUACGUGACGGCUGAGCUCGGAGCCUCUGAAAACACAACUUUGUGAAAACGGCUCUCAUGGUGGAGCCUUUUAAACGUGCUCAGUCUCUGUAGCAACAGUCCAACUUGUUCGUCUUCCACACUACUGUCCGUGUUCCUCCCAGUGUUCAUGUACAUCGCAAAAUCAACCAGCAGCAUCAACUCGUAGCCCGGGAUGCCUACUACAGAUUUUUCAGCAUUUGUUUCCUUAUAAAUGGACGUCGUUUUCAAAACAUUGCUGUGUAAAUGCAAAGCUUUUUGAAAUGAAAAUGGUGCGUUUGCCUUGAAACACUGUCUAUAAAUAUACACAGUCACUUCUGACCAGCAGUCUUUGUGGUUGUGAUUACAUUACUGAUUAGAAUGUAAUGUGCAAAGGCAGCUUGUCAUAAUUUACAGUUUCCUUGUUUCUUAUUACUGAAUUUGCUGCAUGCCUGCAGAGUCAUGACGUAAACCGUAUUUUUUGGGGUAAAAAAGAUCUUCAGGAGGAUUUCUGCUGCUUUUCAGUGAAGUGACUCUCAUAACGCGAGUCCUCUCGUCAUUGGCUGCAGGCAGUGAAGGGAUUGUGGUUACAAGCCAGUUUUUGAUCAGAGUUUCAAGUGACAAUUCAUCAAUUUUGCAUUUUGGUUUCAUAAAGGUUUCAUGUUCAUUACGCAGCAACAUUUUGAAAACGAUCAAUAUUCCAGUGACUGUCAGCUCUGAAACUACCGAGUCCAGGAGAAUCAGGACUGGGAGUCAUGACACUCUGGAGGAAAACAUUAGUGUUAUUGUUUGUUUACCUCCCACAUGUGCAGAAGAAUCUUUACUACAGCUGUGGUGUACGUGCGCACUAGUGGUGUUUCACCCAUUAACAUGGAGACGGAGUCGGACUGUUGUCAAAAAGUUGUGUUUUCAGUGGCUCUGCGCUCUGUUGUCAUGUAAACGGACUUCUGCUCUGCAUUUUCACUUCACACCCUGAUGUAAAUUUGACUUAAAAGUAGCCAGUUUUCAGUGUUUCUUCAGCUUGGAGUUGAUCUUCUCACUGGCAGUCCGUCCUGUUCCUUUGUUAUAAAGGAAAACUAAACGCUGGAGGACCUCGUUCAUGCGUGUUUGUAAGAUUAAUUAUAACCAAAGCAGCUUGAGCCCAAAACCGGGUCUUAAAGACCAGCGGAGGGAUACGGGUCGUCACUUCUCAUGUUAUUUCUCAACAUCACCGGCUGGAAAAGUUGACAUUAUUCCUCUUCACUCAUCCAGAAGUACGUUAUUUCUGUUUCUACUGGUUAUUUAUGAUGCAGAUCUUUGUAAACUGGCCUGAACAAACUGUGUGAGUCGAUGCAAAUGAAAACAUGCCUGUAAAUGUGCCUUUGAGAUUCUUCUGCCAAAUCCAAGAAAAUGAGUUUUAUUUUAGUGUUGAAGGGAGAAACCACUGGAUUAGAUGAGUACUGUUAGAAGGUAGAGGUGAGAUUUCUCUGUUGAUUUGUGUCGUGUCCAAUGAAGUAUUUAUUGUGGUAAACAUGUCUGCUCCUCAGGAGGAAGAUCCACAGGUUUUAUCAUCACAGCCACUGUGAUUUCGCUUUAAAACUCCAAAGAAUUGUUUCAAGAAAGCCUGGAAAAUGCACAAACUUAAUGCUGUUUUUUUUUUUUUUUAACUGCUCUGUUGACUGGCAUAAUGUUUAGACAGUCCACUCACACAUAACCCAACCAACGAACUGCUUCUUCCUUCACCUGAGAGUGAGCUGACCUCCAGACGCUGGGGUCAAAUCUGCUGUUCACACUCAAAUCAACUGAUUAUUUAAUGUGCUGUUAUUUAAAGAACAGGCGCGCGGCUGCAAACAUGCCACCUGUCAUGUUUCUGCCUGCGUUCACGUUGAGAGAGCGGCUUUUUAAACAAUAAACCGUCGAUACACAGUGGA